AACAAACAAAAUAAAAAAGAUAAAGUAUAAAGAAUCAAAAAGUAAAAGCAGCAAAUUCAACAAAAAAGCCAUUAAAACCUGCUUCCUGUUUCCAUUGUUGUACUCUGUACUGCAAGUCUGCAACUGCAACAUCACCACUCACCGUCGUCGUCAAUGGCGGUCUCAAUCUCCGUUCUCGUCGCCGUUGUGUCUCUCCACCUCAUGGCCUUCGUUCUCGCCAUUGGCGCUGAACGACGUCGUAGCACGGCGAAAGUGAGGCCGGAUCAGUAUGACGAUUACAGUUUCUGUGUGUACGCAUCCGAUGCGUCGACGGUGUACGGUUUAUCGGCGUUUGGAUUGUUGCUGAUUAGCCAGACGGUUGUUAACGGCGUUACCAAGUGUUUGUGUUUUGGUAAAGGUCUUGUUAGAGGCUUUUCCAAGACUAUGGCUGUUUUUUUCUUCAUUUUGUCAUGGGUUUCUUUUCUUGGGGCAGAAGCAUGCUUGCUUGCAGGAUCCGCAAAAAACGCUUACCACACUAAAUAUCGGGUCAUCUACGGUGUGGGUGAUCUGUCGUGUGAAACCCUACGCAAAGGCGUGUUUGCUGGUGGGGCUGCCUUGACAUGCAUCUCGAUGGUGGCAUCAGUUGUUUAUUAUUUGAUCCAUUUGAAGGCGGAUACGGGUGGAUGGCAGAAACAUCAGAAUGAAGGACUGGGUAUGGCUUCUUUAGAGAAUCCGGAUCGCGGAAGUGUUGGUCAGUUUGAAAAGCUUUAAAAGCUUAUGAUGGGCUAAACAUGAAACGGGCUGCGUUGGGUUGGGCUGGAACCAUAACCUUGAUAGGACCGGGGAGUCGGACUAGUCUUUUGCAGAUGGUUAGUUGAGUCGGUGUUAAAUGGUUGAGUAAAUGUAAAAAAAAAAUGGUUGUGUGAGCCGAAAGCAGAGGUGUUCAUGGUCGAUUUCAAUCGUUUUGGUAAA